CCGGCGUAACCAUCCGAACCCUCAUUUGCGACUCUGCCUCUCGCCGUCCAGUACCCCAACGACCACUCCGCUCUAAGUCGUCGGUCAGCAUAGCCAUUAGCCAGUCAAGAUGGCGGAAAUCUCAGAAUUCGUAUAUGCUUAUUUCACUAGCAAAGAAGCAAUUGUUUGGAUUAAACACCCUAAGACACUUAAUAGAUCGUUCGAACACAAACCCAAUCCCAAAGUUGUUUUCUGUAAUUUAUAUAAAACUCUUUCAGAAGAUAUGGGAGUCUUUAGCCACAAUCACAUUGUAUACAUGGUUGGGGGCUUUCAUGGAUUGUCAACACCAUAUGAAUAUGACAAUCAUGUUUAUAUGUUUGAUCCAACUCAGUUUGAGGAGCGGGAUUUUCCGGUUUCGGUUGAAAAUAUUGAACAACUUCCUUACUCAAAAUUUGCACCCAUGGUUGAUCCUUUUGUCAUUCAAAUUGAGGUUGGGUUUUACUUGCUCACAAUUACUGAUAGAAUAUGCAAGUCCUCUGGCUUGCCCUUGCCCUUGCAUUUUCAAUACUUUGAUCCAACCUAUAAAGUGUUUGAAACCUGGCCACCCCCACCACCUUACCCACAGGAUUGUGAAACCUCCCGUCUUAUUCCCUUACUACACUGUUAUUUUUUAAUUAGAGGUUAUAUCUAUCUAAGUAUUAGAGGGAAAACUUGUAUGCAUACAUUUAAGUUCAACACCAUGGAAAUGGAAUCAAAAUGGGAGGAUUGCAAUGCCAUGUUGGAUACAUUUCAAACGAAACGUAUUCGCUUUCCCUUCGGUCAUUUUGGCAAUGUGGGAAUUUCAUAUGAAUUUGCUGAUAAGACUUGGAUUCUAGUCUUCCUUAAUUACGCUCAGCCCACUGCAUAUUAUGUUACCCUUCAUGGCGAUGGUUAUAUUGUGCCUAUAUCUUCCAGGGUACUAGCUGAAUGUAAAAGGGUACUAGCUGAAUGUAAAACUGAUUUUGAUAUUGAUAUGCCUUACUCCAAAUCUGAUCUUAGACAUUUAUCUGAUAUGGGAGGUGGAAGAUUUUGUGUGAUGUGCAUUUCUUUUUCAGCUCCAAAUGUUUUUGUGAUAUACGUCUUCAGUAUUGAUUUUUCACUUGAAUAUGAGAUUCAAACUUCUCAAAGUGGAGUUGUCAGUUCGUCAAUUAUUAUUUUCUCAAUGAAAUUCAAUUCUAAUGACACCAUCUGUAACACCAUCCGUGACACCCGUGACACCGAUACCAUCCAUAGCGGUCGUGGUCGUUUUUGGACCAAAGGAGAUGGUUGGUUCCUCCAAAACCAUAGAGCAGGGUAUCAACACAAACUAAAAAGUACUAGUAUCAUUUCAAGUUUAAAUGCAAUGCAAUAG